UUACCUUCCAUGCUUUUACAGAAAACCCUACAACUUUCAAUCCCCACCUAAACUUUAAAAAGACACCAAAAAGAAUAGCUUGUAAAGAAACCACCCCACCACUCCAAUUUCUCUUAUCGAUUCCCCAAAAGAAAAGCAAAAGUUCUACUCAGAUUCCUCUGAUUCUCUCUCUCUCUCUCCAAUUAUGUUUUUGUUUGAGAAAAAACCGAGCUAAAAUCCAACACCAAGAUCCUCUUUUAAUCAUUCUCUAUCCCAAUUCACUGUUAAAAACACAACCAACCCAUCCUCCUGCGUCCAAAGAGCUAACAGACUCAUACAAGGUUUAUUUUUUGAUGUGGGUCUUUGGCUAAAUGGAUACGUUGUUUAGACUAGUCAGCCACCAAUCCGAUCAGUCCUUCAAUUCUAGCAGAACUUCAAGCAGCUCCAGAUCUUCUAAACAAAACCAUCACCAAGAAGAAGAAGAAUGCUUCAACUUUUUCAUGGAUGAAGAUGAUUUCUCUUCUUCUUCUUCCAGACAAUACUAUCCUUACCCACAGCAACACCAAACUUCUAACACCCCCACCCCUACACAAACCACAACAAACACAAGCACUCCAACACACCAAGUCUUUGAAUCUGCUGAUUUCUCUUUCUCUCCCGCUCGAGACAUAAACCUUGAAUUCGCCUCUUCGUUUUCCGGCAAGUGGGCUUCGGAUAUUCUGAUCGAGGCAGCUCGAGCGAUUGCUGAUAAGAACAGUGCUCGUCUUCAACAGUUGACGUGGAUGCUCAAUGAGCUCAGUUCACCUUAUGGUGACACCGAUCAAAAGCUCGCCUCCUACUUCCUCCAAGCCUUGUUUAGCCGCAUGACAGACUCCGGCGAACGGUGUUACCGGACUUUGACGUUAGCUUCGGAGAAGAAUUGCUCUUUCGAGUCUACCAGAAAAAUGGUGCUGAAAUUCCAAGAGGUGAGCCCUUGGACUACAUUCGGCCAUGUUGCUUGUAACGGUGCAAUCAUGGAAGCUUUUGAAGGUGAGAGCAAGUUACAUAUAGUUGAUAUUAGCAACACGUACUGCACACAGUGGCCUACUUUGCUUGAAGCCCUGGCGACUCGCACAGAUGAAACGCCGCACCUACGGCUCACCACCGUGGUAGCCAGCAAAGCCGGUGGCGCCACCGGAGGAGAAGUUUCGGCGCAAAGGGUCAUGAGAGAGAUUGGAAACAGAAUGGAAAAGUUUGCUAGACUCAUGGGUGUUCCCUUUAAAUUCACCGUUGUACACCAUACAGGUGAUUUAUCAGAAUUGAAUUUGGCUGAUUUGGAUAUCAAAGAUGAUGAAGCACUUGCAAUCAACUGUGUCGGCGCCUUACAUUCCGUUUCAACGAUCGGUGACCGCCGGAACUUUCUAAUAUCGAUGUUUCUGAGAUUGCAGCCUAGGGUUUUAACUGUUGUUGAAGAAGAAGCUGAUCUUGAUGUGGGUACUGAUGGGUUUGACUUUGUUAAAGGCUUCCAAGAGUGUUUGAGAUGGUUUAGGGUUUACUUCGAGUCAAUGGACGAGAGCUUUCCAAGAACAAGUAAUGAGAGAUUGAUGCUCGAACGCGCCGCCGGACGUGCAAUCGUUGACCUGGUCGCUUGCCCUCCGUCGGAGUCAAUCGAACGGCGACAGACCGCCACGCGCUGGUCACAUCAUCUGCAUGCGAGUGGGUUAGCCCUGUUUUGUUUAGUGAAGAAGUGAGUGAUGAUGUACGCUCUCUUCUGAGGAGAUAUAAGGAGGGUUGGUCGAUGGCACAGUGCUCUGAUUCCGCCGGAAUAUUCUUGUCCUGGCGGGAUCAGCCGGUGGUUUGGGCUAGUGCAUGGAAGCCUUCAUAAGUUUGACUUGCACAACGAAUGGAGGUUAGUCGCACGUGUGUUGUUUUUGGGC